AUAGUACAUAGUACAACAGACAAAAGCUCCCAGCUCCCUGUCGCCUGCUGACAACUCGCAACCUUUACCCUGAAUCUCAUGCAUUUGGAUUUUUCUGAUAUUUCCCAAAGUCCUUUUUAAUUGGAGCUUGAAGAGCGUUUGAGAUUUACUAGAGGAUUUUCGCCAUCGCCGGUGGUAUCGAGAGGCUGUAAGCCUCUGGAGAGCUUGUGAGAAACACGACAAGGAGUACACUAACCAAUACGAGCACUCAUCAUGGAGUAGAGUCGAAUGCUUUUCGUGUGGAAUAGCGGCCAAUAACCCUUGGGAUUCAUUCGUUCUCUGUUGCCUGGUUUCCAGAAAUCAAUAGCACCGUGACAAGAGUUACCGCUGCGUUUGUGCAGUUUAAACACUGGCUGCUCUUCUUUGGAGCACAUCUAAAAAAAAAACACACCUCAUGGAAGGUCAUCUUUUCAUUUCCUCAGUGAGUACAACUGGAUUUCUUCAUAUCAACUGAUGGGAAAAGGUUGAGAAUAACUUCAGAUCAACUUUUCUUCAAGGGUAUGAACUAACUAUGAAAUAACCAGGAUGUAUAUAUAUGGGUCAUCUUUUCCUUCAGUGAUGUCCCAGGCUAUAUACCCCAGCUGAGUGUUUGUAUCUUGAUUGCCUGAAUAGCUGCUGAUACUGCCGACAUCUCUUUGGGGUGACGGCGUGCUCAUGACGGCUCUGGUCUGAGCUUCCACAGACGUCACCCUCAGGGCAUUCGUCUGAAAAAUGACUGAAGGACCUUCCAUGGCCGACUCCGAGCUUCAGCUGGUCAACGGCAGUGGGACGGGCGCGGCGAGGGGGGAAGGCAGCAUCGUCCAGGUGGUCGUGCCCACCCUGGACACCCUCAUCCUGGCCACCGGCCUGCUGGGCCACUCCCUGGUCGUCGCCAUCCUGGCGGGCCGGCGGAGGAAGGACAGCCGCGCCCCCCACAGCACCGACACCCUGCUGUUGGCCCUGAGCGCCGCGGACGUCCUGCUGCUGCUCUGCCUGCCCUUCCACACCUCCGCCAUCGCGCUGGGCCGCUGGCCCUUCGGCGGCUUCCUGUGCAAGGCCAUCAGCUUCCUGGGCGUGGCCUGCUCCGCCGCGUCCGUCUUCACGCUGGCGGCGUUGGCCGUGACGCGCUACCUCACCGUGGUGCACCCCAACUGGGCCUUCCGCUCCCAGAUGCGCCAGCGCAUCACGCUGGUCGCGGCGCUGCUCUGGGCGCCGGCGCUCGCCCUCGCCGCGCCCCAGUUCGCCUUCCGCACCGUCAGCUCCUCCAGCGCCGUGUACUGCUUCGCCUUCCUGUCGGACGUCAGCCAGCUGGUCUACAGCGCCGCCCUCUUCCUGUGCGCCUUCGCGCUCCCGCUGGGCGUCAUCGUGCUGAUGUACGCCAAGAUCUACCGCUUCCUGCGCGGCGCCGGGCAGCUGGGCGCGCCGCGGCUGGAGCGCUACCAGAAGCAGGUGACCCUCACCUCGGCCCUGCUGGUGGUGGUGUUCACGCUGCUCUGGCUGCCCUCCUACGCCCUCAUGUUCUCCUUCGUCGGGGGCACCGUGGGGGGCACCGAGGGCUUCCGCUACGUGGCCCUCCUGGCCCGGCUGCUGGCGUCGUCGGCGGCGCUGGUCAACCCCGUCCUCUACGUCUUUAUGUCCCAGAAGUUCCGGCGGGACCUGGCGGCGCUCGGGGGGAGGCGCUGGGAAGACUGCCGCCGCUUUCUGAGGGGCUGCCCGUACGCGCGGGGCAACAGGGACACGGUGCGGCCCUUUGUGCUGGACACCACGUCGGACGGAGCACAGAACUGACGGACGUCACUGGACCCCCGACUGCCCAAGCUCCUCCCCCAGCUCCUCCCCCAAGCUCCUCCCCAAGC